UGCCGAUGGAACGAAGAAAAUUAUUCAUUACUGAUUAAUAAUCCAAGACCGCGAUUACAGGAGUUCCGCUUAUCACCAGUCGGUUGUCUUAUUUGUUUUCGUAGUUUUCGUGUCGGAAAAUUAUUUUUUUCAACGUUGUGCGUUCGUCUGUUAAUAAACAGGUGCUUUUCAAACAUUCAUUUUUCAUAAUACGAAUAAUAUCUCAUCGAAUUUGUGACUGUGAAAUCAAAAAGUUAUGUUUUUCUCGGUUUCGUUCGUGUGCUUUGUACGGUACUCGGCGAGAUUACAGUAGACAUAUAGACUUGAAGCAUACUGUACCUUUAAAAAAUACGACAUUCGAUACCUAACCACCCAACUGUUCUACGGACGACUGGACUGCCUACCGCGAGAAAACGUACCGUCUACACCUCAAAACACAAUCAUCGGUCCUUAGGAGACCGGAAUACAGGUGUCGUAAACAUUCCAAGACUGAGUGAUCGAGGCUACCCACGUCCAUUGAUCGAGUUCUUUUUUCUAAGUUACGACUGCAUACAAUACAGAUAACCGUCUAAUGAUAGGGCUUACUUCAAUAUCCGACUUGUCAAAUUGGUCUUGGUGGUUGCACUUUUAUAUUAAUUAUUUUAACUUCAUUUUCGAUAAUAAUAUAUAACACUACGUUUUAAAAAUGCACAAGUGUAUAGUGUGCUUCAAUACAUCUAAUAACACCGAGGUUAAUCGUCCAGGAGUUAUUUAUCAAGGAAUUCCCAAGAAUGCAUACAUGAAAAGAAAAUGGCUUAACGUUUUUGGACUUGAUCGUUGUCAUGAUUGGCAAUGUAUAUGUAGUGAUCAUUUUUUACAAGAAAACUAUAAGCCAGGAAAAAAAGCGAUUUUUAUUUUCAAAUGCUAUUCCCCAAAAUGGUUUUCCUUCUAAUUAUGCUACUCAAGUCUCAAAGUAAUGAUGCUGAAACUGGAAAUAAUGUAAUCUUACCAAUGGAACGAAAUAUUAUAAAAGAGGAAAAUAUUGAAAAUGCUGUUGUAAAUAAUUUUAAAUCACCAAGACGGUCAUUUAGACUUACUAGAAACAAUGAGGAUAAGAGGAAUAAAAAUAUGCCGGACCAUACUUUAGGAUCUGGAUUACGAUGUUCCUUUAAAAACUGCUUUAACAGGCUUUCAAAGAAUCUUAGUCUCUUUGGCUAUUCUAAGGAUUUCAAGAUGAGAAAAAAGUGGAUGGAAAAAUGUGGAAUGAAAAAAGAUCUUGCUAAAAUAGUAAAACGUACUAUACGAUUGUUAACUCGAUUGUUUCAGGAAUACUGAAGAAUACUAAAGAACAAAUUAAAACCAGGCGCUGUUCCAUCAUUAUUUUUAGAUAAUACACCUAAUGCUUUGCUGCCAGUGUCAAUUAAUGAGUUGCCUGUAUUGAGUAUAUGUGAAGAUCAAUUCAUUAGUCCAAUAGAUAAUGAAGCAGCUGAACAGUUGUCAGAAGAAAAAAAAACAAUAUAAAAGAUAAUACAGAUAAUACUUCCAUGACAAUUGAUGAUUUAUCUAAUAGUUUGUUGUCCAUUACUUUGGAACCAAUUGAGAAAAGAACCUCACAAUGUAUUAUAAUGGAUGUUUGCAAUACUGAAGAUUUUACAAGGGAUGAACACGGGUUUAUUUUAAAAGAAAAUAAAACAAUGUAAUGGA